UAGUUGUCGUCUAGAGAACAACGGUUCUUGUUUACCCUUACCCUAAAACCCAGCAGAGCUAGAGCGGUUUCUCUGCAACUGCAAAAGAAAACGCCAUGAAACCUCGAUUUCCUCAUAAUGUUUUUAUGUUUGGUCGCUUUUCAUAUCUCCGCCGCUUCCAGCAUGGUCAGCGCCGAACUUUGACCACUUUCAUCAACAACAUCCGUUCCAACCGACGAACAUUCAGCUCUCUCGGAGGCGGAAGCGGAGGAGGUGGAACCGGUGAUUCAAACGGCAAUGCGUUUCUCUUGCCCGGAGCAACGGUGGCUACUAUCCUUAUGCUUGGAGCUCUUCAUGGUCGCCGUCUCUAUGAAGACAAGAAGAUUGAAGAGAAACGGGAAAGGGGGAUCGAACUUGAGUUCCACCAAGAUGUUAAAGCCUCCUUCCUUGGGAUUCUGCCUCUGCGUUCCAUCUCAAGAGCUUGGGGUUCUUUGACGAGCGUGGAAAUUCCGGUCUGGAUGCGGCCGUUUGUUUAUAAAGCCUGGUCUCGAGCUUUUCAUUCAAAUCUUGAAGAAGCAGCUUUGCCUCUAGAAGAAUAUGCUUCACUACGGGACUUCUUUGUUCGCAGCUUGAAAGAAGGUUGCAGACCUAUCGACCCCGAUCCUCGUUGUCUGGUUAGUCCUGUGGAUGGCACCGUUCUGAGGUUUGGAGAGCUAAAAGAAAGUAGAGGGAUGAUCGAGCAAGUGAAAGGACAUUCUUACUCAGUGCCGGCUCUUCUCGGAACAAACUCUCUGCUUCCCAUGGUACCUGUAGGUAAUGAUGAGUCUGGAGAGGAAGCUGUUGGAGAUAAUAAAGGCGACAAGUCUUGGUUGAGAGUCUCUUUGGCCUCUCCAAAGUUACGGGAUAGCAUCUCGGCUAGUCCGAUGAAGGGGCUCUAUUAUUGUGUGAUAUACCUAAAACCAGGGGACUAUCAUCGAAUACACUCUCCGGCUGACUGGAAUGCAUUGGUUCGUCGACACUUUGCAGGACGGUUGUUUCCUGUGAACGAGCGUGCUACAAGGACGAUAAAAAAUCUCUAUGUCGAGAAUGAAAGGGUCGUGCUUGAAGGGAUAUGGAAGCAAGGUUUUAUGGCACUUGCUGCUGUUGGAGCGACCAACAUUGGAUCCAUUGAGCUAUUCAUCGAACCUGAACUAAGAACAAACAAGCCAAAGAAGAAGCUGUUUCCUACAGAGCCACCAGAGGAGCGGGUGUAUGAUCCACAAGGUCAAGGCGUCCAGCUCGAGAAAGGAAAGGAGGUAGGUGUAUUCAACAUGGGAUCAACCGUGGUGCUUGUUUUCCAAGCACCAACCGCAAACUCACUGGACGGUUCAAGCAGUUCAUCAGAUUACAGAUUCUGUGUCAAACAAGGAGAUAGAGUCCGCGUUGGACAAGCAUUGGGAAGGUGGAAAGAGGAAUGAGUACAUGUCAUUAUGUACCUCACUACAGGUUUUGCGUAUUAUGCUCAAACAUGAGCCCCCAUAUCUACAACAUUUUGUAGUUUAUUGAAACUUCUAAUAGAAUCCUAGUUUAUGCUU